AUGGAUUUCUUUGUUGAUGCCAUCAUUAAUGCGGCGGCUGUGCACGUCAGUAUGCUAACCAUAGGCCGUGUUUUAUUGGGCAUUGGCGUUGGCUUUGUUAACCAGUAUAUCUUUGUUUUGAUUCUAUUAAUUACGCAGUCCGCGCCUCUUUAUCUAUCGGAGAUGUCUCCAUAUAAUUGGCGUGGCACAUUUAAUGUUUGCUUUCAAUUGAUAAUCACAAUUGGAAUAUUGACAGCCAACCUAUUCAACUAUAUCUUUGCUAAGAUUGAGGGUGGCUGGGGAUGGGGCUCAGCCUGGGAUUGGCUGGCGUUCCUGCUGUCAUCAUCAUUGUUGCAUCUUUUUUCCUCUACGAUACCCCAAACUCUUGUGGAUAGGGGAAAGGAAGAGGAAGCAAAAGCACUACUCAAGCGCAUUCGUGAAGUUGAAAUCGUUGAUGCUGAAUUCAAUGAUAUUCUUGCAGCCAAGAAUGAAGCAAGACUAAUGCAGAAUCCAUGGCAAAAUCUCUUCAAGAGGCGGUGCUAUCGUCCUCAGUUGGUUAUGUCCAUCUUGAUCCCUUUCUUUCAACAACUUACUGGAAUCAACGUGGUUAUGUUCUAUGCCCCUGUGCUCUUUAAAACCAUUGGAUUUGGAAGCGAUGCUUCUCUAAUGUCAGCUGCUAUUACCAGCAUCAUAAAUGCCUUGGCGACUGGUGUAUCUAUUGCAUUUGCUGAUAAGUGGGGCUGAACAACUCUAUUUCCUGAAGGAGGUGUCCAAAUGCUCAUCUCUCAGGUAAUACAUUAGCAUAUUUCUAAUACACUUGCAGUCAUAUUAUCUAUA